CAAUUAACAUCCAAGAAGAAAACAACAACAAAAAUAUCAAAAGCGAGAAAGCGAGAAAGAGAUAAUGUUUAUAUGUAUAAAAAAACCAAAAUUAUCAGAGACAAAAAUACACAACGUAAAGAAAAUUAUAUAUCAAUUAUUUAAUUGUUUACUUCUUUUCUCUUCAGCUUCUUCCUGGAAUCAGUUUUUUUUUUCAAUCGUGGAAAAGGUUAAUCAACACAAAUGAUCGGACGAAUUGCCUUUUGCUCUUUGGUUCUUUGCAGCCUCCAAUGGUCACAAUUAGCUGAUUCAUUAGCUGUUAGAAUAACUCAUAAAGUUAAAUUCGAUGUCUCAAUUGGAGGUCGUCAAGCAGGAACCAUAACCUUAGGAUUAUUUGGUGACGUUGCACCGAAAACGGUUAAAAAUUUUGUGACCUUUGCUGGUAGAGGACACAAUGGUUAUGGUUAUCGAGGAAGCAUUUUCCACCGAGUGAUCGCCAAUUUUAUGAUACAGGGUGGAGAUGUUACCAAUCAUGAUGGAACCGGAGGUUUAUCAAUCUAUGGACAAACUUUCCCAGAUGAAAAUUUCCUCGUUCAACACAAAGAACCCGGUAUGUUAUCGAUGGCCAAUGCAGGUAAAGACACCAACGGAAGUCAAUUCUUCAUCACCACGGUACCUGCUCGUUGGUUAGAUAACAAACACACUGUUUUCGGUAAAGUGAUCGCUGGAAUGGACGUAGUUCGAGCAAUUGAACGUCUACAAACCAAAGAAAACGAUAUUCCAGUACAAGCAGUUAUCAUUGAGAACUCAGUUGUUGAAGAGGUUAACCAAUUCAUCAAUUUACGCCAAUGAUAAAGCUGAUUAUUUUCUUUUAUUCAAUCAACCCAAAUCACAAUCAAUCAAAUUAUUCCACAAACAAUUAAUCUAUUAAUUUGCUAUUCUCAAUCAAUUGAACAACAAAAGUCGAAAAAAAAAUUAAAAUCACAACCAGAGAAACUCAAAAGAAAACGUGAUCACAAAUUGUCAAAACUAAUUGUUAAAUUGUCUAUUUUUUUAAUUGUAAUUUAAAUUUUCUUCAUGGACAAAGCUAUUUAAAGCUAAUUGUCUUUUCUUUUCCAAUUAAUAAAUUGUCCCAAUCGAGAGCCCAUGUUGGAUGUGGCGCCUUUUUCUAUA